CUCACCUCAUGCUGCGAUGCCAUUUGAAAACUGAGCCGACAGUAAACCGCGCGAUUAUCUUCGUUAUCGUUUUAUCGGCCAGCCUUAAUUUAACACGGUAAAAACUUUACUGAGUAACUUUUUAGACUGCCCCUCGGGGGCGCUUUUGGAUGCCAUCCCUUCUCAAUUCGAGCCCUGCAUACUAUCGCAGACGAUGCUGUAUCACACACCCCAGCCUCGACUUGAGUGGAAACUGAAAUCAUCCGGGGGUGUGCGCGCACUUGUUUGCACAAGUUGUUUUUAGGAGUCUUAACUUGCAGAUGCCAGACAGAAAAUAAAUUUUAUGUCAGUGCCCCUUUUCAUAACCUUCCUUUUGUUUGAGAAACGAUUCAACUGAACGGCCCAACGUGAAAUACCCCGACCCCAUGUGUCCUAAACGCUCGUUUUAUUGGGUCGACAGCUUAUAAAAACGUAGUUCUGGGUUUUUAAGCUUGUUUGCUGUACACCUUGUCACAUAGCAGCUUUUAGGCAUUGCUCUGUUUUUUGUUAUAAGUCAGAAAUGACAAGGAGCCAGCUUUCCGCAAUAGAAAGUCAAUGGAGAGCCUUGGAUUGUCCCCCCCGCGGAGACCUCUACUACUCACCGUGGAGCCUGAUAGCGCCGCCCACCUCUUGCCAAUCACCCUUAAAGGCCGCGUCUCAAAGCUUUUUCACAUCCAGAGAGUUUAUAGCUUAAACAUUUUGUCCCUGGAUGCAAACGCACUGUUUAACAGGAGGUGAAUAAAGUUGACAGUAUGCUGUGGUGGAGAGUGUCGAAGCCCACUCUGCUGAGCCUUUUGCUAAUUCAGGCUGUUGCCGUGGUGCUUCUGUAUGGGUGGUACAGCCGUCCACCCUCUCAAAACACAUCUCUAUCCGAGGGCAAGGUGCACGUGCUGCUGUUGUCAUCUUGGAGGUCUGGCUCAUCAUUCCUGGGCCAGGUGUUUAACCAGCAUCCAGAUGUUUUUUAUUUGAUGGAGCCAGGCUGGCACGUGUGGAUGUCUAUAAACCAAGCCAGUGCACGUAGCUUGCGAAUGGCGGUGCGUGAUAUGAUUCGCAGCGUCUUUCAGUGCGACAUGUCGGUGAUGGAUUCUUACACCCCCCAGCCACGCAAUGUCUCCAAUCUUUUCAUGUGGAGCCACAGUCGUGCACUCUGCUCUCCACCCGCUUGUUUUCUCACAGCUCGUGGCGAGAUUAGCAAAGAGCAAGAAUGCAAGCAGCGCUGCGACUCGCAAGGUUUGAGGCUUGCGGAGGCGGCGUGUCGGUCUUAUAGCCACGUGGUGUUGAAAGAGGUGCGCUUCUUUGAGUUGGAGUCGCUGUUCCCGCUACUGCAGGACCCCACUCUGGAUCUGCGCAUCAUUCAUCUAGUUCGUGACCCACGAGCGGUGUUUAGUUCCCGAGAGAAGUCUUCCGCAGCCCUGGGGCAAGAUAGUGACAUAGUACUCGAACAGGCUAGCCUUCCGGAAGAGAAAAAGCCAUACCAGGUCUUGCAGGAGAUUUGCCACAGUCAUGUGCGCAUUUAUGAGACGGCCAUGUUAAAGCCACCUGAUUUCCUACGGGGACGCUACAAAAUGAUACGCUACGAGGAUCUAGUGCGUAACACGCUGGAAGAGAUCGAAGCCAUGUAUGAGUUUGUGGGGCUGGAGAUGACCGAAACUUUGCAGGAGUGGAUCUACCGCAUCACCCAUGGGAGGGGCAAGGGAUCGAGUAGUGACGCCUUCAAGAUCACCUCGCGAAAUGCAGAGGACGUCUCCUUGGCCUGGCGAACCACCUUACCGUUUGAAAAAGUCCAGCGCAUCCAGGAUGUUUGCAAAGGAGCCAUGACUCUGCUUGGAUAUAAAACAGUGUUUAGUGAGAAUGAGCAAAAGCUGCUGGGUUUAGACUUGCUGACAUCACAUGAACGGUAUCAGUUCAGCUGGCUACCUUCUAAAAUCACUGCCACCAAAGUAUAGAGAUGCUCCAGUGAUCAAAAGCAUAAAGACCAAAGAACGGUGUCAUUUGUACAUCAGUUUUGAUCUCCGUCGCGUCAUACAAAUGUGUCCUAGUGACCAGCAGAGAAUAGGACGUUCCUCUGUUAAACAGGACACUAGAACAAUGAAGCACUGUCCUCUUCUUAACACAAACUUGAACACUGGAUGCUGUUUUUGAAGAAAUCUUGGUCCAAUAAGUAACUUCAAGAUUUAUUUAUUGGCAAAAACUAUUAUGGUGUUUUUUGUUUACAGAAAGAAUUUGCAUUUCAGUUCGACGUUGAUUGAUGCAGAUUGAAUCAGAACUAUAACAGGGCUGUGUGUUUCUUGUAUAAGUGUCACAUAAAAAUUCCAUUCAGCUGUCUACAGAUUUACACAGACUUUGACCACAUAAAACAGAACAUCCACAUCAUUGUGAAUAAAGGAGUUCCUGCUCCUUGAGACCCACUGGCUGCAUACGAAAACUGCAAAAAACCUUUGGAGGCAGCAUUUCAAGGCAGGAAGGCAUCAAGGCACGUUCAAAUCCAAAUUCUGCUUUACUUCCUGUCUCUGGAGGUACAUUCUUCUGAUCGAAUUUUGAAGGCAGCAUAGGUGUAUCCUUCGCUGCAGUUACUUAAUUAGGCUUCCAUGUAAAACAAGUGAGAUAAGCCAGUGCCACAAGACAAAUACACGCCUAUUCAUGAGACUAUAUUACAGAAUAUCACUAAGAAUGUGAAUGUAUCUUGUUUUGAGGAUAUUUAGACAUUAUACUGGAAAACAAAGCAAUAAUUUGAAAAUCACCAGUUUCUACCAAACUGCUUGAGCAAGAGUGUGCUCUUGCAAGUUCAAGGUAACUGUAAGAAUAUAAACUUAGGAAGUUUAAUGUUCUGAUUAUAUACAUAUGAAGAAAUAACUAAUCUUUAGCUCAUCCAUAUGUUUAUCUGCUCUUAAAUAUGUAAAUAUUUAAAUACUUGAGUAAUUUUGAAAUGAGAUAAUUGGAGGAAUUACGUUCGAUGGGUUGGGCUCUUCAAAUUCUUUUAUAUUUAUCUAACUAAAAUAGCUUUUUUAAAAAUGACAUGCUCAACAAAGCUUUGAAAAGUGAAAAUGUAUAUAUUAAUUAGAAAGUGAAAGUUUGUUGCUGUGUACCUUUUUUUGCCCUAUGUACUGUACUUGACCGCCCCUAACCAUUGUGAAAGAAGUAUCGAGAAAGUGUCAUACAGAUACUGUUUUUUUUUUAUAACUAUGAUUGUGGUAAAACAGCAUGUGAUUAAUUAUUGCUAAAGGACUUUGAACCUGGAUGUCAGAAUCACUUUGCAGUAUUGUGGUACUGCUUUGUUUGUCAUUUACAUAAAGGGCUUUUAUUAUUCUUUUUACUUGUUCUAUAACAUUUAUCUGUAUACACUGACAUUUGGAACUUAAUGUGAUCAAAUGUGAACUAUUUUUUAAAAUUGAUUUCUUCAUUAUUAUUAUUAUUAUUAAUUGAGGUAUUGCCGUUUCGUGAGGUAAUGUUUGAUUUCAAUGGGAGUAGGUAUUUUUUUUAUGUUGAAUCACAUUAAUUUAUAUUCAACAUAAGGAGUAUCUUAAAUCAGUUGAAGUGUAAAUGAAGAUAAGGAUCCCAAGAGAUCACAUGAUCCAAAGACAAAGAGUCUCUUCAAACCACUUUACACUUUACAGAUUUAAGAGAAUGCAAAUGUAUUGUGACUUAUACCCAUCUUAUUUUUCAACGCGGAAGUAAAACUUGAAUAAGGUGGAAAGAGAAAAACAUAUUUUGAUACCUGUUGUGAUCAGGAGGGAGAUAUUAUAUGUCUAUCACAAACUAUUCUGUUAUAAAACUAUAUAGAAGGAGAGAGAGAGAGAUUUUAGAAAUAAAAUCAUGGUACACAUUUAGAAUGUCAGUAUUUAUGCUUGUCUUCUCUGGGUUUAUCAUUAAUGUUGGUCUUCUGGUUGUUUGCAUGUUCAGUGUAAAAACAUGAUUCCUCAUCCACUGGUUUGUUUAAAACCUUUCAAUGUGGAGUAAUCCCAGACACACACUUUAUGUACCUUAUAAAUUUUC